CAGGGAUUUCCCGUAUGCUGGAUGUUUAUUCUUGCGGUUCUGCCGCGUUUCUCUGAAGUCUUCAUUCAGCUCUCAAUGGUGCUGGAGACACACACUUCCACGUAACGCUCCACCCAUCUCUCCACCUAACGCGCAUUAUUUAAGAAUAGAAACACCUUCCUCUGACAGGACUUGAGCAGUCGGCUUUGAAAGAGAAGUCAAGUUGUCUGCAUUCACAAAGACAUGAACUUAGAUGGGGACAGCAGCAUGUCAGUCAGUUGUGGGAAUGGCAAACUUAGACAGUGGCUCAUCGAUCAGAUUGACAGCGGGGAGUAUCAAGGCUUGGUUUGGGAAAAUGACGAGAAAACCAUUUUCAGGAUUCCCUGGAAGCACGCGGGGAAACAGGACUACAACCGGGACGAGGACGCCGCGCUGUUCAAGGCUUGGGCUCUGUUCAAAGGCAAGUACAGAGAAGGCUUGGACAAACCAGACCCUCCAACGUGGAAGACCAGGCUCCGCUGUGCCCUGAACAAAAGCAAUGACUUCGAUGAACUGGUGGAGAGAAGCCAGCUGGACAUCUCAGAUCCUUACAAGGUCUACAGGAUAAUACCAGAAGGAGCCAAGAGAGGCUCUAAGUCCAGCAGUUUGGAGGACAGCGCAGGACACGUGCCUCCGAUCAGUUAUUCCAUGCAUUCCCCAUAUCCUCCUCUCCAGUCUCAGAUGGCAGGAUACAUGCUGCCCCAGGAGAGACGAGACUGGAGGGAAUACAGCGGCGAUCCGUCUCAUCCUCAUCCUCAGGUUCCUCACACAGAGUUACCGUACGGCCAGUGUCCGUAUCCACCCACACGCUCCUUACCGUGGCACCCAUCGGCCUGUGACAACGGAUAUCAGAUAUCUGGCUCCUUCUACACAUAUUCGCCCACAGAAAGCCACCCAGUGGCGAUGGACCCCAAUAUAAGAUCAGCGGAAGCCAUGGCCAUCUCAGACUGCCGUCUGCACGUGUCUCUGUUUUACCGUGAGUCUCUGGUGAAGGAGGUGACCACCAACCGUCCCGAAGGCUGUCGAAUCUCCUCCUCUCCGUCUCCAGGAUCCCCCUCGUCCCCGUCCUCUCCGGGCCCCGAGGAGCGUCUGUACGGCGGGGCCGAGGCCGUGCUCUUUCCCUUCCCGUACCCUCAGUCUCAGCGGCGCGGGGCCGAGAAGCUGCCGAACGUGCUGGAGCGGGGCGUGCUGCUGUGGCUGGCUCCGGACGGGCUCUACGCCAAGCGUCUGUGUCAGGGGAGGGUGUACUGGGAGGGUCCUCUGGCCCCCUACGCCGACAAACCCAACAAACUGGAGAAAGAGCAGACCUGCAAACUGAUGGACACGCAGCAGUUCCUCUCAGAAUUGCAGGGCUUCAUUCACCACGGCCGUCCCAUGCCACGCUCUCAGGUGGUGCUGUGUUUCGGAGACGAGUUUCCAGACCCUCAGCGACAGAGCAAAAUGAUCACAGCUCAGGUCGAGCCCAUGUUUGCCCGACAGCUCCUGUAUUUUGCCGGCCAGACCAACGGGCAUUACCUGCGCGGAUAUGAGCUUCAGAGUCAAGGUGCUUUACCUGUAGAAGAGUAUCAGAGAAGCAUCCAGAACUUGCAGGAGUAACAGCCUUCACACGAGCCGCUCGGACAGACAGAGGAGACGAAUGGAGGACCACUGACAUCAAAAUGAAGACUUGAGACCGGAUCCCUGACCAAGUGCCCACUUACACGUCAUACAAAGCCAUUCGGACACCACACACUCUAUGAAAUUGUUUAUAGUGUCAGGUGAAUUAUGUCUCAUUAGGUUCAAAGGUUUGAGAGAUUGUUGUUUAUGGUUUUGUGUUUAUGUCAGCUUCUUUGCUGCUGUCAUGAAAGAGAAACACAAACCACAUGCUAAACCGGUCAGAUUGAGUUCAGUUCAGUUCAGCGUUUCACUCAAAUCAAGCUGAUCAGAUCAUACGCAGUGAUAAAGGUUGCAUUCAAUUAGAAAAGAAUGCAGCGUAAAGAAGCUAACCAAAAAUAAAACUACAAUCCAGCUAUUUUUCUCAUCACCUUUAGUAAUUGUUUGUUAGUGGGGCAGAUAUUUUUGAUAAGUUGAUGUAUAGUUUCUUAGAUGUUCUUUUAUUGAUCUGUAUGCUUCUGCUUUUCUAACACAAUUCUCUGUUUUCCUCGUUGUUUUUAACUCCGCGCUGUGUAAGUAUUUAUAAUGCAUGCAUGCAGGUUUCUAUAUGCACAGCAGAAUGUACUGUAUAGCUGUAUAGAUAUCUUGAAUGUAAUCAAAGUAAUUAUUUCUCUGAAUGGCAUCUGACAAGAAGUUAUAUAAUGCUAAAUACUAAGAAACAGUUUGUGGUUGUGUGUGUGUGUGUGUGUGUGUGAUUGUAAUCUGCCUACAAGUAAAGAUUUAAGUCUCAAUUGUAAUCAUGACAAAAUCUGCUUCUCCCCUAUUUUUACACGUGUGUGUGUGAGAGAGAGUGUGUGAGAGUGUGUGUGUGUGUGUGAGAGAGAGAGGUGUGUGUGUAUGCGUGUGUGUGUGAGAGUGUGUGUGUGUUCAUGUGCUGAUGGGAACGCAAUAUAGCAGGCAACUGCCACAAAACUGUGAUGAUGUCAGAUUUGUAAAUGAAAGAGGCACGAAGAGAAAGACUUUUUCAGAUUUCUUGUUUCCCUCUCCGUCUCAGAACUGUUUUUAUUGUAUUUUGUGUUGUUUUGUCUGUUUUAUUUCAAAUCUGGGCCUUUUUUUCCUUAAGUCAAUUAAAGAUAUUUUUGUAUGA